AUGGGCGAGCUGUCCCAGGAGGUGGACGACCUACUUUAUGGCGACGGUCAGUUCAACUUCCUGGAUGAAUUCAAUACACAGGGGUCCCAGUUUGAUGGCUUGAGCCAGAACACGCAGGAUAACCCGUAUGACACCACUCAGGGCACACAGGAUGGGACACAGGACGACCCUCGAUCUCAGCUCAGCCAGGAGCCCGUCGUCUCGCUCCUGGACCAGACAACCGCGGAGCUUCAGUUUGAUGACCUGGAUUUGAACCAGGAGUUUGAGCCUCCCUAUGACAUCAAGGAGUUGCCAGAGCACUACUGCCGUUACUGUGGCAUCCACAGCCCCGGCAGCGUGAUGAAGUGCCGAGGUGAUGGCAAAUGGUUCUGCAACGUUCGACUGCCUGGCUUACCGAGUAGCUGCAUCAUUCUUCACCUGGUCCGUGCCAAGCAGAAGGAGGUCUCCUUGCACCCGGAGAGCACCUUGGGCGAAAUCACCCUGGAGUGCUACAAUUGCGGCCAGCGCAACGUCUUCCUUUUGGGCUUCAUCGCUGCAAAAAGCGACUCAGUGGUGGUCUUGCUUUGCCGAAUUUGCCUGUCCAACAAUGCUUUGAAGGACUCGAAUUGGGAUCUUGCACAGUGGCAGCCCCUCAUCGAAGAUCGAAGCUUCCUGCCUUGGCUGGUGAAGGUUCCCGAUGCCAAGGAGCAGAUGCGCUCCUGGAACAUCACUGCCGCGCAGGUGAACAAACUCGAAGAGAUGUGGAAGACGAAUCCUGAUGCCAACUUGGAGGAUCUGGAGGGGAAGGCUGGCCCUGGGUCGGAAGAUGACCCUCAGCCCGUGAUGCUCCGGUAUGAGGACGCCUACCAGUAUCAGCACGUCUUCGCCCCGCUGGUGAAGAUGGAGGCGGACUACGACAAGAAGCUGAAGGAGUCCCAGAGCCAGGAGAACGUUGUGGUGCGUUGGGACGUGGGCUUGAACAAAAAGCGCAUCGCCUACUUCCACUUCACGAAGGAAGAUACCGAAGCCCGCCUGGCGCCGGGAGACGAGCUCCGUCUACGCCUGAACUCCUCAGCCUAUGCCGACCUCUCCGGCUCGGACGAGGCAGGUUGGAGCGCUGUCGGGCAUGUCUCCAAAAUUACGGCCAACGAGGAGGUUGCCUUGGAGCUCCGCGGUGGUCAGCAGCUGGGCCCUUGGGACAUCAACCACGGCUUCCAAGUCGAAUUCGUGUGGAAGUCAACUUCUUUCGACCGCAUGCAGGCAGCGAUGCGGACCUUUGCUGUGGACGACACCAGUGUGUCCGGUUACCUCUACCACAAGCUGCUAGGCCACGAUGUAGAGCCGCAGACGAUCCGCUCCACCGUGCCGAAGCACUUCACUGCUCCGAACUUGCCGCAGCUGAACCACUCCCAGGUCUACGCAGUCCGCAAGGCGUUGUCGAACCCGCUGUGCCUGAUCCAAGGACCACCAGGUACGGGCAAGACCGUCACCUCGGCCACAAUUGUCUACCACCUCACGCGACAGAACCAGGGACAGGUCUUGGUCUGUGCUCCAUCCAACAUCGCCGUCGACCAACUUGCAGAGAAGCUGCACAAGACAGGCUUGAAGGUCGUUCGUUUGAGCGCCAAGUCCCGCGAAGCGGUGGCCAGCAGCGUGGAUUUCCUCACGCUCCACCACCAGGUGCGGCACCUGGAUACUCCGGACCAUCAGGAGCUUCAGAAGCUCAUGGCGCUGAAGGAUGAGUUGGGUGAGCUCUCCCAUGUGGACGAGAAGAAGUUCAAGCAGCUGCAGAACUCAACCGAGCGUGAGUUGCUCACUGCAGCCGAUGUCAUUUGCACCACCUGCGUUGGUGCGGGAGAUCCACGUCUGCAGAACUUCCGCUUCAAGCAGGUGCUCGUGGAUGAGUCGACCCAGGCGGCCGAGCCUGAAUGUCUCAUUCCGAUCAUGAUGGGUGCGAAGCAGAUGGUUUUGGUUGGCGAUCACUGCCAGCUUGGGCCCGUGAUCAUGUGCAAGAAGGCUGCGAAGGCAGGGCUUCAUCAGAGUCUCUUUGAGCGGCUGAUCUUCCUUGGCGUUCGGCCAGUCCGCUUGGAGGUGCAGUACCGCAUGCAUCCCUGCCUGUCGGAGUUCCCGUCGCAGUCCUUUUACGACGGCUCGCUUCAGAAUGGGGUCACCCUCAAUGAGCGUCUUUACGCCGGUAUCGAAUUCCCCUGGCCCCGGCCCGACAUGCCAAUGUUCUUCCUGAACUCCACGGGAGCAGAGGAGAUUUCAGCGUCCGGAACGUCCUACUUGAACCGCACGGAGGCGACCAACAUCGAAAAGCUCGUCACCUACUUCCUGAAGUCGGGUGUGAAGCCCUACCAGGUGGGCAUCAUUACGCCCUACGAGGGGCAGCGGGCAUACAUUUGCGCAGUGCUGCAGCGUCAGACGACUUUCAGUCACAAGGCCUACGAAGAGAUCGAAGUCGCCAGUGUCGACAGCUUCCAGGGCCGCGAGAAGGAUUUCAUCCUCCUUUCCUGCGUGCGAUCGAAUCAGAACCAGGGAAUCGGGUUUUUGAACGACCCGCGGCGCUUGAACGUGGCUCUGACACGCGCCAAGUACGGACUCAUCAUCUGUGGCAACGCCAAGGUUUUGGGAAAGCAGUUCCGUGCACAACCUUCUUUGUGGGUCAACCUCCUCGGGCAUUACAAGAAGUACGAGCUCGUCGUGGAAGGGCCUUUGUCGAAUUUGCGCCAGUGCCACAUCACCUUCAGCAAGCCCAUGCGGCUUCCUUCACGCUACUUCGCCAAGGGUCCCAUUGGUGCCGAGGUUGGUCAGUUCGAUGAUGAGAAGAGGGACCAGAUGGACAUGGACUACUACCGGGGCGGUGGGGCCCCGGCAGCGUCGAGCACCAACGGUAUGGGCCCCGGCAUGAUGGCUCAGUCGAUGGCACCAGUCCAGGCGCCUUCCAAGUACUUCAACGGCCCAUCCAUGUACAGCCAGAGCGGAAGCCUGUCCGCAUCGCAACGCAGCGAGCGCAGUCAGGCUUCCAUGGACCGCACGAAAAGGAAGAGCAAGAACUUGCGGAAGCAGGGUGGCACGUCGCAAUCCCAGGGCUCCGCAUACUCGUCGAGUGGCUUUGGCGAGAGCAUGAUGUCCCAGGACCUAUGA